UAAAGCGUCGUCGUUACAAACGGCCGGGUCACCGUGUUCUAUUUCUCUCACCGUCUCCAAGCCGCCGGGGGAUUUCCCGGCCAAUCUUUUCCCCCCUUUCUCUCUAAAUCAAGCACUAGUUCGGAUCUCUGGCCUCUGGGCAUCAGUUCAUUCAAAAACCCCUGAUGGGUAGAGAAGAUUUAUCGACUAAGAAGCGCGUCUGAAGCUGAAAAGCUCAAGGUUUGGACCAGAAAGGAAGCAGCUUUCAUUCAUAUAUAUGAAUUAGGAGCUGAAAAGGGAACAGGCGAAGGUUUACGGUGAAGAAGAAGGAUGGCGUUCGCGUUUGGGAAGGAUGCGGGUCCCCAAAGCCAAGGUACCAAACUGUUACCGUUCGGUGCUCCGGCAUCAUCUCAGGCACCGGCAAUACCUCAACCUGGUCGUCCUCGAUCUCCAUGGGGUCCUCCACCAAUGGACAGCGUGCAGUUCCCGUUGUUGGGUUAUGGAACUCCUGGUUUCGUGAGCAGUCAUCAUCCAUCAGUUAGAAUGCCAAAUACGUCUGAAGUGCAAAGGCCACAGUCUUCCUCAUCGGGAUUUGACAUCUCUCAGUCUCAUGCAAGUUAUCUUUCCAUAACAACGAGGCCUCGAAUGCCUGUUCAAACUCCUCCUGGACAGGGUAAUGGAAACCGAUAUUUCUUGAAUGGUGAUGGUCAGAAAGGUCAUGCGCCUUAUGCUGUCAAAUCUCUUGUUGCUACCCGUAAUCCUGGAACUGCUGUGUCAGCAAAGGUCACUGGAAUGCAAGACCAGAAAAGGAGUAGAUCAUCUUCUUAUUUUACUGCUGAAGUUGGUUUACAAAAUUCGCGUUUAGGUUUCCCACAAAGGCAUGUCCAAUCUCCUCCUACAUGGGGUAACGGGAACCGAUCUAUCUUGAAUGGUGAUGGUCCGAAAGAUCCUGCACCUUAUGCUGUCAAAUCUCUUGUUGCUACUCGUAAUUCUGGAGGCAUGGUGGCAGCCAAGGUUACUGGAUUACAAGACCAGAAAAGGACUAGGUCAUCUCCUGAUUCUACUGAUGAAGUCGGUUCACAGAAUUUGAGAUUUGGUUUCUCGCAAAGGUCCAUGGUGCCAGGAUUUUUUCCGAACUUAUCAAAUCAUCAAAAAGUGUCCCCAGGUCAAGUCAAUAAACUUGCAAAUGGCCAUCUCCAGAAGCAAAGUAGAUCACCUCCUGCCAGCGGAAGUUUGCAAGGAAAUGCACCUUUUGUCAGAAAUGAAGCUAAAAGACCUUUCUCUCCAAUAGGAUUGAAUACUCUAUCAGAUCCUAUUUACAGUACCCUAGACUCUCAAAUUCCACAAAGAGUGUUGCCAUCUUUGAAGAACUCAACUGUGGAAUCUAAUCCCACCAGAAACACCAGUGCCUUGGUUUCAAAGAGAACAAGGUCACCAGAAAUUUCUGGCAAGGUUCUCCCAGGAAGCUCCUCUUCGACCAUUGAUGAUACUGAACGAGAGAUGCAAGCUAAGGCGAAGCGUUUAGCCCGCUUCAAGGAAGAAUUAAGUGAAGAUAUUGAAAAAGGCACAGAUGUGGGGAACCAAAAUGUUCCAGUUGGUGGAUAUGAGCAAUCCAAACAAAGACAAACUGUACCCACGAAUCAUUUGGCUGAAGACCGCACCAAUGACAAUAAUGUCUCAGAUUUGGAGGGUUUGGGAAUACCAAGACUUACUGUUGGUGUGUGUCCAGAUAUGUGCCCUGAAUCUGAAAGAGGGGAGCGAGAAAGGAAAGGGGAUCUUGAUCAGUAUGAACGUUUGGAUGGGGAUAGAAAUCAAACAAACCGUUUGCUUGCAGUUAAAAAGUACACUAGGACAGCAGAGAGGGAAACAUAUCUUAUACGUCCGAUGUCUGUCCUUCAAAAGACCAUUGAUUACCUACUUAGCUUACUGGAUCAGCCAUAUGAUGGCAACUUCCUUGGAAGGUACAACUUUCUGUGGGACAGGAUGAGAGCAAUCCGGAUGGACCUGAGAAUGCAGCACAUUUUCAAUUUGGAAGCUAUAACUAUGCUGGAGCAAAUGACAAGGCUUCAUGUAAUUGCCAUGCAUGAACUGUGUGAAUAUACAAAAGGAGAAGGAUUUUCAGAGGGAUUCGAUGCACACCUUAAUAUUGAACAGAUGAACAAAACAUCUGUUGAACUAUUUCAAAUGUAUGAUGAUCACAGGAAGAAAGGCAUUAUUGUGCCGUCAGAAAAAGAAUUCCGUGGGUAUUAUGCUCUUCUCAAACUGGACAAGCAUCCUGGAUACAAAGUGGAACCUUCAGAGCUGUCACUAGAUCUGGCAAAGAUGACUCCCGAGAUAAGGCAAACCCCUGAAGUGCUUUUUGCUCGCAAUGUUGCAAGAGCUUGCAGAACAGGCAACUUCAUUGCUUUCUUUAGGCUUGCAAAGAAGGCAACUUAUCUUCAAGCAUGUUUAAUGCAUGCUCACUUUGCCAAGCUACGAACCCAUGCACUUGCUUCCUUAUGCUCGGGUCUACAAACCAACCAAGGAAUCCCUGUUUCUCAAGUUGCUAAGUGGCUUGCUAUGGAGGAAGAUGUCGAAAACUUGUUAGCAUAUUAUGGGUUUUCGAUAAAGGAAUUCGAAGAGCCAUAUAUGGUGAAGGAUGGACCAUUUCUCAAUAGCGAUAAGGACUUUCCAACGAAGCGUUCCAGACUUGUUCAUCUAAAAAAGUCAACUACUAUCGUCAAAGAUAUUUCCCCAUCUUCUCAAGUCACACCAUUGCUUGCUGAAGCAACAAGAAAAAUCCGAGUUCCCAACGUUGAUAAGAAGAAUCCAAGUCACACCUUUGCCGUGAAAGCUGCACCUGCUUUGGUUGAUAUGAAGAGACCCAUCAGUGCAAUAAAUGCUGAAAUGCCUGAUUCUCAGGUUGUUGUGCCAUCACCAAAGUUUGGCUUGCAAAAACAGCAUACCAUUGGUAGAUCUGAAGUUGAUGAAAUGGUUACAGAUAGCAAUUAUCAUGCAGCAAGUGUCAAUAUUGCACCAUGGAACGUACUUCCAGCUUUUAGUUCUCCGAAUUCUCAGCCAGGCAAAGUUGGAGUACUGCAGCAAAGCACGACUGAUUCUCUUUUUGCAAUCACUAAAUCUGAGGACAUGCAGCCACAACCUGUAGUUGGUGUGCCGUUGAAAGAGAGCUCCCCUAGUGGUGAAAAGGAUAUACCGAGGGAGCUUGUGAUCAAUCAUAGUGUGGUGGGCAAUUUAUUUCAAGAUGAAGAAACCCCUGAUGUCGAUCAAGAAUAUGAAGAUGAUGAGUUGAUAGAGAAUCAUGAAGAUGAAGAAGUAGCUCGAGCGAAGCUCAAGUUGUUCAUAAGGUUAUGGAAGCGGUGUGUUUCAAGACGUAAGGAAUUACGCCAUCAAAGACAGAUGGCUGCAAAUGCUGCAAUGAGCUCAUUAUCGCUCGGACCACCGAUUCGAAGGAUCCAAGAACAACCAGGCAAGAUUCUCGAUUUUGACAUUGACUAUGUCACGAUGGAAAGAUGCAGAAUUUACGAGCAUUCUUGGUCUCCAUUAAAUCCAUCAGAAGUCAUUGCAGAUGAAGCCAGCUCGAGAAAUCCAGACGCCAAAUGUCUCUAUUGGAAGCUCGUAGUAUGUUCUCAGUCACAAGAAGAUGACCAACCAGGGCCCAGCAAGCAUGCAGCAGCGGGCCCUUGGUUGUGUUCAAAGCUCAUCCCCAAUAGACCAAAAGAUACACAUAACGAGGAAGAAUUGUUAACCUCGUCUCCAGGUCUUUCAAUAUGGAGAAAGUGGAUUUCUAACGACAUGUGCUGCUUGUCUGUCAUCAGAGAUUCCAGUUUUUGUACUCCAGAUGAGGCAGCAGCUGGUGCAACUGCUGUGGUUUUCGUCGUAUCAGAAACCAUCCCGAUGAACUCUCAGAGAAUCACACUCCAUAACCUUCUCUCGGCCUUACAUCCAAGUUCUUCACUACCUCUACUGAUAUUCUGUAGAAAAUGGGAUAGAACGGUUUCAGACCCUUUGGCCACCAUAGCUCAUGAACUUGGACUGAAUACCAUUGACAAGUCUAGAGUAAGAAGUUUCUCCGUUGUGUUUCUCAUGGGAGAAGAUGCCAAUGGAUUUUUCAGUGACAGCAGAGUUAGGGAAGGACUAAGAUGGUUGGCUAGUGAAUUACCCCAACAACCAGAUCUUCAGUCCAUAAAACUGCAGGAGUUGGCUCUCGCACGGUUGAAGCCAUCUCUAGAUGCACUCCAAAAGAUGAGUGGCCGUGAAGCUGGACCAAAUAGGUGUAUCUCAGCAUUCAAUGAAUCUUUGGAUUGGUGUGUGGAGGAAAUUCUCGCUGCUGCUGAAGUUAACCCGACAGGUUGGCCUUGCCCUGAGUUGGUUUUGCUGGAGUAAAGCGAAAGCAUGUUGAUCGAGUCGUAUCUGCCAAGCAUAGGGUGGAGUUCGGCAUUGAAAAUCGAACCGCUGAUUUCUGCUGUACGGAGUUGUAAGCUUCCUGGAUUUGCCGGUGAUGUAUCGUGGUUAGAUGAAGGCACGGCAAACAUGGGCGAUGAGCUCGAGAACCUUAGUACUGAAAUCGAGAAUUGCUUGAUUAGAUACCUGACUGAAUCGAGUGGGAUGAUGGGGUUUUCAUUGGCGGCCAAGGAAGCACAUGUUGUGUUACAGAGAAGUGCUCGCCUGGAGUUUCGGGAGUGCUCAAGUUACCAUAUAGUUGUGAAUUGGGUGAAGGUCUUUCGAAGGGUUUUCAAUUGGCAGCUCAAUAAGUUAUCGUCCGAUGCCUAUGUAUUAAGGUCUCGCAUUGUGAAUUUGGAAUCACUGGUGCUUGAUGAGCAAGGAGGCAUUUUGUCACCUUAUGUAAGCCAGCCUUUGUUAGAUCAGAUCAUCCAUGUUGGUUGCUUUCCUCUGGUGCUACCGAGGGUUCAGACUAAGCUGGUCACUUCUAUACAAGUAUCGACAGAUGUGCCAGCAACUGUAAACACGAUUCACCAGAUUAUAAGCAGUGAGCAACCUUCUUCACUGAUUGGGAGUCAUGGUGUUGCAGUAGAUGAGGAAAGGCGAGCUGAGGUUAAAGUUCCAUUUUCCAGCAAAGCCACCACGAAGGAGGCUGAUAAAUUAAGCAGAUUGUUGGAGCAUUGUAACAUUGUGCAGAACUCCAUAGAGGAGAAGCUUUCGAUUUACUUUUGAUGAAUUGGGGGAGUUUCUCUUCCAUGUAUACGAGCCAAUUCAGUUUGGAUUGCUGAUGGAUUGUACACACUGUACCUUGUAUUCAUUGUAUCAUGUGAGGUAAAGAAGAAUUAUCAUAAAAGAAAACAGUUCAGUGUAGGGUUCCCAUGCCUCUGAGUUUUGAUACAAGCUUGCUUUUCUGGUGUUAAUUUUACUAGCUAGGUGACACCUUUUUGUUUAAUGGGAAAGAUACUGAUUACUGUGCUGAAAUGGAGAAGCUUCUAUGAGGCGCUAAGCUAAGCUGCACACUUUUCACGGAAAUUUUUCAGAAAUGCUCUGUUUGGAGGCUGAACCAGAAAACUUAAUGGUUUAGAGUUCAACGGUUAAUUUUUAGAAAAUUGUUGAUAGAACCGUUCAUGAUAUAUAAGUAUAUAACAUAUAAGACUUGUAUAUUACACUAGUUAAAGAAUGAAGUUAUUAUUGACCA